AUGGCCAUGGUGGUGGCGGAGAUGUGCCCCAACCUCACAUCCCUCGACUUGAACGGCUGCUUCAACAUCACCGAUGCGGCAGUGGUCGCCCUCGCCGGUGGCUGCCCCAACCUCACAUCCCUCCGCUUGUACAACUGCUCCAACAUCACCGAUGCGGCAGUGGUCGCCCUCGCCGGUGGCUGCCCCAACCUCACAUCCCUCGGCUUGCGCAACUGCUCCAACAUCACCGAUGCGGCAGUGGUCGCCCUCACCGGUGGCUGCCCCAACCUCACAUCCCUCUACUUGAACAACUGCUCCAACAUCACCGAUGCGGCAGUGGUCGCCCUCGCCGGUGGCUGCCCCAACCUCACAUCCCUCGACUUGUGCAACUGCUCCAACAUCACCGAUGCGGCAGUGGUCGCCCUCACCGGUGGCUGCCCCAACCUCACAUCCCUCCGCUUGGACUACUGCUCCAAGGUUACCCUCGACUUGCGUCGCGCGCGCACUACCAUCGCCCAACCAGACUUCCCUGCAUCGCAGCACGCCCAUGCAUUGCUUGACGUUGCUCAGGCCCAUGUGCCCCAUCCGGUGCAUGCCAUAGACCGCUGCAACCUCCUCUCCCUCGGCGCGCUCAACACGCUGCUUGCCAACGGCGCAGACCUUUACGAUCUCGAUGAUGACAACACGCACGUGUACGUAGCUGCUCCCGCGGAGCGAUCUGCAGCGUUCUCAUCUGCGAUGGUCGCCUGGAUCCGCGAGCAUGGCGACCGCGCCACCGAGCUCGCCAACGCAUCAACAGGCCACCCGUUCUCAUCUGCGAUGGUCGCCUGGAUCCGCGAGCAUGGCGACGGCGCCACCGAGCUCGCCAACGGCAUCAACAAGGCCACUCUCGCCCUCUUUGUCGUCCUCCGCGCCUCACCGACCGUCCCGUUCUCCAUCCCUGUCUUUGCCUUCCUCAUUCACUCCGGCGCCGACAUCAAUGCCCUCGAGCCCAUCGCUGGUCUCCGCCCGCUCCACAUCGCUGUGCUCUUGUCCAACGUCUUGGCCACCAUGGCACUGCUUGCAGCCGGCGCCGAUGUGUGGGCACCGAAUCACAUCGGUGUUCCCCCGCUCUCCACCGCAGCGAUCGAACUCGCCGAGCCGAAGAGUCGGGAGGUCUACAACCUUGUCACAGGAACCAUCCCUGUCCCCGCAGCCGUCGACGAUUUUGUCCAAGAGGCCAUCGCCGCGGGUGGUGUCGUUGAUCGGCCCGCCGCAUCUGGCAACCGGCCUCGAUCACGCGUUGACGAGCUGGAAGCUGAGCUGUCUGCGACCAGAGACGAGCUGGCUCUGAUGCAGGACAAGCUGACCGUCGCCGAGGGUGAUAUCCGGGCUCUCCGCGACGACCGCGUCAAGCUCAUCCAGCACUUUGACGAGGCCGUCGCCAACUUCCAAGCACGCCGCUAGUCCUACGGCAUGAGUGGCGAUGCGCCGCGAGGCUUGUCGAGACGUCUCCCGGCGGCGGCGACAGCGAGAACACGACGUUGAAUUGCUAGCUCGACAUGAAGCUCCAGCCCAUGUCACCGCUCUCUCUCACUCUCUCGGUGGUCGCUCCUGCCAAACGAUAACAAUCGCUUUUUCCC